GGAGGGGGGCCGGUCCGCGACGACUCCCCGGACGGCGUUUCUCCUCCGAGCGGCGCCGGUUUCGGCUUGGGGAGGCCGGGGAUACAUCCCAUCCAUGACCAUGGGCGACAAGAAGAGCCCGACCAGGCCGAAAAGACAAGCGAAACCUGCCGCAGACGAAGGCUUUUGGGAUUGUAGCGUCUGCACCUUCAGAAACAGCGCUGAAGCUUUUAAAUGCAGCAUCUGCGAUGUGAGGAAAGGCACUUCCACCAGAAAACCUCGGAUCAAUUCUCAGCUGGUGGCACAGCAAGUGGCACAACAGUACGCCACUCCCCCACCCCCGAAAAAGGAGAAGAAAGAAAAAGUGGAAAAGCAAGACAAAGAGAAGCCUGAGAAAGAUAAGGAAAUUAGUCCUAGUGUUACCAAGAAAAAUACCAACAAGAAAACAAAACCAAAGUCUGAUAUUCUGAAAGAUCCUCCUAGCGAAGCGAAUAGUAUACAGUCUGCGAAUGCCACCACAAAGACCAGCGAAACGAAUCACACCUCAAGGCCCCGGCUGAAAAACGUGGACAGGAGCACCGCACAGCAGUUGGCAGUAACUGUGGGCAAUGUCACCGUCAUUAUCACAGACUUUAAGGAAAAGACUCGCUCCUCCUCAACAUCCUCAUCCACAGUGACCUCCAGUGCAGGGUCAGAACAGCAGAACCAGAGCAGCUCGGGGUCAGAGAGCACAGACAAGGGCUCCUCCCGUUCCUCCACGCCAAAGGGCGACAUGUCAGCAGUAAAUGAUGAAUCUUUCUGAAAUUGCACAUGGAAUUGUGAAAACUAUGAAUCAGGGUAUGAAAUUCAAAUCCUCCACCUGCCCAUGCUGCUUGCACCCCUGGAGAAUCUUCUGUGGACAUCGACCUCUUAGUGAUGCUGCCAGGAUGAUUUCUGCUUGCCAUGGGCAUCUGGCCACCAAGGAAUUUCGCACCCUGACGAUUACUCUUGACACUUUUAUGUAUUCCAUUGUUUUAUAUGAUUUUCCUAACAAUCAUUUAUAAUUGGAUGUGCUCCUGAAUCUACUUUUUAUAAAAAAAAAAAAAAAAAAAAU